AUGAACAGAUUAAGUCUGAAGGAAAAGAAGUUCCAGACCUUUACUCCAGCUUCAGAAGAAGAGAUCAACACGCUGUGGCAAAAAUUCCUGGAAAUUGAGAAAGGGUUACAGGUAUACAGUAGUAGUAGGUAGUAGGGGUGGAACAUAAAAAAAUUACCUGAAUGAAUACUGUGUGAGGUUUGUCAUUUGUUUAUGCUUUUUUCACAUUUAUGUGUAGCGCGACCAUUUAACCAUGAAGGAUGUAAAGGACUUUGAACACCUUAAAGCUUUCCUCAAGCACUGCUGCAUUGAGGGACAUUAUUGCUUCCAGGUGAAGAAGUGUGGUAAUGAUAACUGCAAAAUCUGCAGGUACUGUAUGAAGAAUAUCGAAAUUCUAUACAUAUGAAUGUACAGUAUAAUACAUUUGAAUCUUUCAAUAUAACAAUGUAUAACAAAUAAACAAUAAACAUUACAGGUACAGUGUAUGUUGUUGGCCCGUUGCACAAAUAAUUGUAUAAAAUUGAGCUAGUUGAUUAUAAGUGUAACCAAUUCUAGACCGUUACGGGACAAACGGAGCAAAGAUGUGAGUUCCUUACCUUUCCCAGUUCCAGCUGGUGAUGGUCAUUAUCGCCCGUUUGAGGAAGUCUACAAGACCAUCACUGAAGAGGUAUUUUAAGUAUUUCUAUAGAGUACCGGUAUAUAGGCUCAGAUUCCAGCCGUUGUGUUCUCGCCACUCGCCCACUUAACGGCUGGGUCAAUGGUUAAUAUUUCUUGUCUGUGACGUCAAGGUUAAUAUUUAAAUUUAUGCAUAUGUUUUGCAUAAUUAUGUAUUUCUGUGCAAUGUAAAAUGGCGGCUGUCAGGAGCGAACAAUUUUGUUUCGAAGAGGAAAUAGCAAAUUUUAACAACUUUGUGCAUUCAUCGAUAACUUUUUGUAAAGGAAAACAAAAUGGAAGCUUUUAAGUUCAUUUGACAAAAUGUUAUUAAGUUCUAGUAUGUUUUUAACGAAGACAGGAACUGCAAUGUACACGAGUCAAUGAAUAUAUUAUAUAUCUAAAUAGUAAAACAAUAAACCCUACCAACAAAAGCAGGUGAAUCUGAAUAAUUAGCGUCUUAUUUCAAACAAAUAGUUUUUCAAUGAAUAUUCUUUGAAGAGGAACAUAAAUUUAAUGUUAAUAUUUGAGUUGUUUAUGGACUAUAGUUAUACGUAAUGCAAUUUUACGCCUAAUUGUGAUUAAUAUCUAAAAAUUUUCCUUAUGAUCGAUUUUGUUCGAGGGACAGUGAAGGAACUAAGUCUUUUAUAGACCAAACAAUAGUCUGGCAAGAUAUGAUCAUUAUGAUGGUCUGGAAGCCUGCAAACUUCAAAGCUACAAAAUAGAAGACCUAGUGUUUGAUGUUGAACUGUACCUUACUGUGCACCUUCAUAGAUUUGGUUAAACAGUCUUUAGAUGUAGCAAGAAUAUUUGAAAUUUAAAAUGUUCUUGGCUUUAUUUCAGUGUUGCAUAAGUUGUCUGUACAAAUGGAGGCCGGGUGUGCUCAUCGACCCAUAUAUGGUUCAGUGUAUGACUGUUGACCAAGUCAGUAAUCAUUUGUAGCUACGCACAGCAGUGAGGGGUAUUAUUGUGGUAAUGGUGACAGGAUAUUGCCUUUCCAAAUUGAAAAAAAAUUAUUUGAUGAAAUACCCCCCCCCCCACCUUGCACCCCCUUUGCCAAUGUUAUGGGGGGUGCAUCCCCAUGGCAGUAAAUACAUCCAGGGAUGGAUCCAGCAUGGUCUGGUAGGGGGGUGCUCUGCCAGCUCUGGUGCCGAGUUGUGUCGGUCAUGUGUGCCACCUGCCCAUCAACUUGCUUCACUUCUGCAAAGUCCUGCUUGACUACUGUAUUUCAAUUGUAAUUGUUGUUCACAUUUCACAUAUCAUCAUGUUAUUACUCAAAUUACUGUAUGUCAUUUUGUCUCUAAUAAUUUUUUGCUUUAUCAUGAAAAAUAUAGCACCCCCCCCCCCUGGCCAGGGCAAGGGGGUGCCCCCCCCAGUAAAUCCAUCCCUGAAUACAUCUCUGCAGGAAUGCAAGAAGAAUUUGCCUUCUUUUCCCCCAUGAAUACUUAAUCCCCCAUGCCAGGAUAAUUUUGGUGUUUAACAUUUUGAUAUUUUCUAACUAAAGUGUUACUGCAACAAUUUUUUUGAACCCUUGUUUAUUAGCUUAAAUAAAUAUUCAAUCUUUCAGAACUAGCAAUUUAUCAUGCUUUGUCAUUCUCAGUCUGGCUUUCAUACGAACAGCCGUUAAAACACACAUUGACAUGACAACUAUCCUUUUCUUAAUACCAUACUGACAAGGUUUCCAAAACUCAGCCUGAGAGCAAACAUAUUUGAGCUUGUUGAACAGACUAAAUGCAUAUUUCACUGAUGUCUGAAUUUAUAAAACAUUGCAUACUUUUAUUCUAUAAAUCCUGUACUUAGGCUAUCCAACAAGUCCCAUUCUUUACCCCUUCACAACAAAGAAACACAUGAUACCAAUUGGAUUUAUUUAUUGCCCUUCUAAUAACUAUGUGCCCACAUUUAGUCAAUUAGUAUUCAUGGUAAAUCAUAUUGUCAAUAUAUAAAAUAAUAUUGAAUUUAUUGUGCUUGCCUGUAAUUAGCAAUUAGCAUAUAUGAGCACACUGAUAUAUCAGUUUCAGUUCACAAAUUACCUGCCCAGUCCAAAAAAUAUUGUCAAAUGGCCCAAACUAGCUUGUGGGAGAUCUAACCAUGCAAGCCUAUUAUUACCUAGCCAUGGUCUCCAUGAAAGGGACUGUUUAUAAAAUUCCAGCCAGGCAGGAUGAGGCAGUUUCCAAGAUCUUGACUAUCAUAUCAACUCGUGUUCAAAAAUACAUGUAUAUAUUUGAUGAACUCACUCACGAACAUGUGAUCAUGUAUAAACAUGACAUCCUAGCUGCCUGGCAAGGUUUCCCACUUUCCCACCUGACAGGAUCAUAUAAACAUGUCUUAAUAUUAAUUAAAAUAAGCCUUUUAAAUACUGCAAUAUCCUACAUACUAAUAUACUAUAUGUCACAAGACUUUGCAAAAUAACAUUUUCUACUUUCCUGGCAAUAUGUCAGACCAGCCCAAUAAUAAACACAUCCAGGUUUUAUUGUAAAUAUAAUUAUGAAUCAGCAGAAACAGGGAGCGUUUCAAAGGACUAGGCCACCUAGCUAACUAAGCUAAAAAAAGAAAGGUUAUUAAUUUUGCUCAGCCACACGCAAAAUAUUCUUUGCCCUUUCAUGACCAAGAAUCCUCAAUGAGAUAUAUUAUUUAUAAACACAAUAUAAAAAUAUGCAACGGAUUCGAAAAGACGAAAACAUUCCAGCGACUAUUAUUCGUAGAGAGACUUCGGUUCGUGUCGUAAAAAUCGUCGGAAUUACUCUUCCCCAAAAAAUAUCGCUUUAACCCAUGUAGUUCACGUAUAAAUAUCGUUGAACAGAUCUUUUUAAGUGCACAUAUUUGCACAACGCCGACCUCGAACGCUUCAGCAAUGCGCUUUAGCCAUAUUUAAUUUAUUACCUUUGUGUUAAAUUUAUGCAUUAUUAAUACAAAUUUAUGCCCCCCAAAUUUUGGGGGGCUGUAAUGUGAUUGGUCAAUCAGAGACAAUAUAACUGUACAUAUAUACUAUUCCUAUCGUUUUAGAUGAUAUACUUCUUCCUCAUGGGCUUCAAGUCCACAUUAAAGACCAUGACUGCGAAGAUAACAUAGAAAAGCUGUACUAUGCUUGUGACUAUGAACCAUGCUGCAUCUAUUGUGGGGAAUAUGUUGAUGAUGUGGAUGAAGAUGAUGAGAUUUAUCCCCAGUGCGGAAAUUGUACACAAGAUCCUGUCAGGAAACGAAAGUGA